CUAAGAUUCUCAAAGCUAUAACAAAAACAAUCGUAAUAUCAUUCGAAAACUGUUAUGGUUGUGAUGGUGCCCUUGAUUCGUUCUUUUAAAAAGCUCUGCGAUUAAUUGUAGCGGCGAUCAAAGGAGCACGUCAAAAUGUUGUUUAUUACCUUUUUUAAUCCGUUGAUUCGAUAGAUUCGUUCAUUUCGUUUUUUAAUAUGUUUUUCAGCUGUCCUUUAAGAAUGCUGGGGGGCGAGCCGAUUUCCGAACGAGCCCCGAAUCUCGCCAGCAUUCCUAAGGGUCAGCGGUAAACCUUAUUACAAAACAAAAUGGCUGUUAUUCUAUAGCGAACAAAUCGAUAGUGUUAAAGGAUUAAGAAAGGUAAUAAACAGCGUUUUGCCGUGCUCCAUUACGGCGAUCAAGGAUUGUUCGCUACUUAUCGCCGUGACAGUUUUGAGCUUCUUUGAAAGACGAUUUUUCAAAGGACAAAUAUAAUACGAUUACUAAUAAUUUAUUUUAACAGAUGAAAGUCUGCCACAGUUUUGUAUGUUGCCUCAGAAACCAUCUCAUCCAACUAUCAACCGUACCAGCGAAGUGUCAGAGAUAAUGUCCAGGAUACAGCAACUUAAAGCGAUGUUUCCAUAUGAAAUCACCGUUACGUAUUUGUCUGGUAAUCCUGGUUGUGGCAAAAGCGAGCUUGCCAGACAGAUUGGAAAAAACCAUUUUGAAGACGUUCACGAAUCAGCCAAGUGCGUGUCGACAUUGAACGCAUCUAAUCUUGAUAGCUUAACUCUAUCAUAUAUCGACCUGGCAAGAAACCUUCGAUGCAGCGAAGAAUCUAUAGCAUCACUCAAUACCAUCACCUCUCAAGAACAGAAACUCGCUCAACUACGAGGAAAUGUCUCCAUACAACUGCACAGCUACUCCUCCUGGCUGAUGAUUGUAGACAAUGUGGAAGAUCUUCGGCUAGUCUCAAGGUUUCUCCCUCAUGCAGGCGAAAACCUGCAACACGGUAAAGGCCAUAUCCUAAUAACAACACAAGACGGCCAUUCUAUACCACAGAGUGAUCCACACACACAUCAUAUGCCCUUAAGCCUUGGUAUGGAACUCGAGGACGCAGUGGAAUCAUUGCGUGAAAUUUCUGGAUGUUCUGACCAAGAAGAAACUAUGAAUGCUGUUGCUAAGCAGCUUGAUUUCCAGCCUUUAGCUCUCGCAUGUGCAGCAGUAUACGUUCAGGAAGUCCGCAUUGCAGAUCCUACAAUGACAUGGGAAAAAUACCUUCACCACAUCCAAAAAAACAAUAUUGAAUCAACUGAAAGAAUGUAUGAAGAAAUCAACAACUCGUAUAAAAAGUCGAUGACAACAGCUGUAAAGAUGGCAGUCCAAAAUAUCAUAGAGAAAAGUCCAGUAAUGCUCCAUGCUUUUGAAUUUCUGGCUGCACUGGCUCCAGAGUUUGUAUCACUACAUCAUGUUGUAAAUUAUGUCAUGACGUGCUUGCCUGAAGAAAACGGAAAAUACAUAGCAGCAACGAUAAUGAAGUCGUCAUUUGUUCUUACGUCUGAGGAUAAAGUUGAACCAAUUGUUCGCGUCCAUCAAGUUGUUUUCAACGUUCUUCAAUCAGUCGUCCAAGAAUUACACAUCGACGAAGAAGAUGAAUGGUCGUACUUAACAAAAGUGAUCGAAGUGUUUUCAUAUCUCAAUGAAAUGGAUAAUAGUAGCAUUGAUUUUAUAAGGUCUACAGGAAAUCUCGUUGUGCAUGUGGCAAAUUUGUCAUACAAGAUAAAGAGUUUUUUUGAAAAACACGAAAUUUUGAUUUCGACAGAACAAGACAAAUAUGGAAUUCGUUACUACUUAAAUAGAAACACCACGAGUCAAUAUUCUCCAGAAGAAAUCUUCCUGUCCAAAUCUUUGUAUGGAGUAUUGCGAGCACAUGGAAAACACGACAUUUGUAGGAUUCUAUUGGAAAUGGGCAUUAUUCUAAUGACGCAAACUGAAAAUAGGAACAAACAUAUCAAAUGGUGUAAUUGGGUUAGGCGUAGUUUCCGCCAAAAAAAAUCCCUAGAAUUAAAAAAUCACUCUUCAGUGGCUAAAACAUUAAACGAGCUAGGAGUAGCAAUGAAUAGACUUGGAAACAAUAAAGAAGCAAAGGAGUGUCACGAAAAAGCACUUGCCAUCUACAAAAGCACGUACGGAGACAAUCACCAUAGUGUGGCUACAAGUUUAACUAAUCUAGGAUUAGCAUUGAGUGAUCUAGGAAAUUACAAAGAAGCAAAGGAGUAUCACGAAAAAGCACUUGCUAUCGACAAACUCACGCACGGAGACAAUCACCCUGAAGUGGCUGCAGAUUUAAGUAAUCUAGGAUUAUCAUUGUGUAAUCUAGGAAAUUACAAAGAAGCAAAGGAUUGUCACGAAAAAGCACUUGACAUCAACAAAAGCACGUACGGAGAAAAUCACCCUCAUGUGGCUACAGGUUUUAAUAAUCUAGGAUUAGCAUUGAGUAAUCUUGGAAGUUACAAACAAGCAAAGGAGUAUCACGAAAAAGCACUUGCCAUCUACAAAAACACAUACGGAGACAAUCACCCUUCAGUGGCUACUAGUUUAAAUCAUCUAGGGUCAGCAUUGAGUGAUCUAGGAAAUUACAACGAAGAAAAAGCACUUGCUAUCGACAAACUCACGUACGGAGACAAUCACCCUGAAGUGGCUACAGAUUUAAGUAAUCUAGGGUCAGCAUUGAGUGAUCUAGGAAAUUACAACGAAGCAAAGGAGUGUCACAAAAAAGCACUUGCCAUAAGAAAAAGCACGUACGGAGUCAAUCACCCUGAUGUGGCUACAAGUUUAAAUGAUCUAGGAUCAGCAUUGAGUAAUCUUGGAAGUUACAAACAAGCAAAGGAGUGUCACGAAAAAGCACUUGUCAUAAGAAAAAGUAUGUACGGAGAAAAUCACCCUUCAGUGGCUACAAGUUUAAGUAAUAUAGGAUCAGCAUUGAGUAAUCUUGCAAGUUACAAACAUGCAAAGGAGUGUCACGAAAAAGCACUUGCAAUCAGUGAAAGCACGUACGGGAACCAUCACUGUUAUGUGGCUAUAAAACUAGGUCACCUAGGAUUAGUGUUGAGAGACAUUGGAGAAUAUAAAGAAUCAAAGGAGUGUAUAGAAAGAGCAAUAGCCAUUGACAAAACAGUACUUGACGAGACCCACCCUUAUAUAGGAAUUUUCUUUUAUAAACUGGGACUUACACUGCACGCUUUGGGCUUCAACGAGGAAGCCAAAGAUUCUUUUGAAAGGUCACUUACAAUCCUUGAAGCUGCAUAUGGUGAAGACCAUCCACGAGUAGCAAGAACAUUAAAUGGCCUGGGACAACUCCAGAUGGAACAGGGAGAUAACGAACUAGCUAAACUGAAUUUGGAAAGAGCAUUAGCUAUCAAUGAAAAAUCAUUAGGUGCACUUCAUCCUGAUUUUGCUGAGAAUUUGAACAACCUUGGAAGACUGUCUGAAAGUCGUAAUGAAUACGAACAAGCCAGAGCAUACUUUGAAAGAGCACUGGAAAUCAACGAAAAAGCAUUAGGUGGAAGCCAUCCUAAAGUUGCCAUAACUUUGAAGAACUUGGGACAUCUCUUAGUCAAAAUGAAGAAAGAUGAAGAAGGGAGACAUUGCUUGGAAAGAGCGCUUGCUAUCAAGGAAAAGAAUCCAGACUACGCGUUUAAGUUUCAAAUGACUUAUUUCAAAUGACAAUGUUCCUAAAAUAAUCCACAAAGAAAUUAACUUUGAGAUGUGUGACCUUCAUUUCUUGUUGAUAAAAAUAUUACAUAAUAAAAAGGAAAGGUAUUGGAUUGUUAUGGUCGCAUUUUCCUGCUAAUCGAGGUGAGUUGAAAGAGUUUUUACUCAAGUAAUGAAAAUAUGAAGGCAAAAAACUGUUGGCCGCAACUUUUUCCACAUCGCAAGAACACAAACCUUUUGAUGUUUAAACAAUUGCUGACAUUCCACCAAAAAUGUUCCAAUGAACUGUGCCUUUACCUGGCAUUUUAUUACUCCACGCUUCCUUGCCUUUUUAAUCUUCAAGCCUUC